AAUUUAGGAACUUUUAAAUAUUCCAGAGUGUAUAGAAAAUUGGUAUCGACCUACGAAAGCGCAGCAUUAAGGAAAUUUAAAUACGGAAGAGUUGACAAUAUUCGAGCCUGUACUCCAGAAGCUCUCAAUUGGGUACAAGCCAUGUGCGACGUCACGCAGGUAGAGGACGAAGAAAAACUCAAUCUGUUCAAAGAAGCGGUCAAAAAACAAACAGAAAUUCUCGUUUACACAAUUAACGGAGAAGGACCGGAUAAUCACCUCCUUGGUUUAAAAGAAAUUGCUGUCAUGAAUAAUAUAAAAGAACCCGAAUUGUUCAAAGAUAAAUCUUACAAGGAGUUCCUCAAUUUUCGUCUAAGUACAAGCCAGCUUCCCAGUAAACACGAUAUCAUCGUCGGAUACGGACCGGUUGUUCCAAACGGUUACGGUUGCUCGUACAACCCUUUAGAAAAUCAUAUCACAUUCUGUAUCACAUCUUUCAAUUCUUCUGACAUAACUAGCUCGAAUUUAUUCGCUCAGAGCUUAGAAGGAAGCUUAUUACAGAUGAGAGAACUGUGUACGAAGUCCCUUCAAGAAGAAAUCAAACCAUCAUUGAGAGCUGAUUAAUGAGAACACGUGUAAAAUAUGGUAAAAAUAAAUUGUUACGUUUUCUCGAGAUUUGAGAAGAAAUUGUUAAUGGAACAGUCCAGAUAUCUUUAAAAAAAUU